AUGAAAGUAUGGGUGGGGAAGCCUUCAGAUGAAGCUCAAUUCAAAGUUCAAAUGGUGCUAAUGGGACUGUUGGUUCAGCCUGGCCCUCCUGUGGGGAUGUCAAUAGCCCUUCACAGGUCCCGGGCUCCGGUCGGGUGGGUCCCGCGAAGCACUGGAGGGGGCAAUGGCAAAGGAGGUCUGGCUCAGCAGCGGGCCAGCUCCAGCGGGGAGACUCUCUCCCCGCUUCCAGUUCCCUCUUCCCGCUCCUGGUCCGCCUUGCUGAUUAACUGCUGUCCGGGGCUCGGUGACGCGGAGCUUGAAGUGCCGCGAGGUGGGAGAAACAGGGGAGUACUCCCCCCACCUCACUCCCCGCCGCCCAGGGCGCCCAGGCGUGUAAACGUGGGCGGCGGUGAGCGGCUGUCCUCUCCCCUCCCCUCGCGGCGCUCCCGUGUGUGCGGCGAGAGCGGCUACCUGUACUGCUGCGGCACCUGCUACUACCGCUUCUGCUGCAAGAAGCGCCACGAGAAGCUGGACCAGCGCCAGUGCACCAACUACCAGAGCCCGGUGUGGGUGCAGACGCCCAGCACCAAGGUGGUGUCUCCAGGGCCCGAGAACAAGUACGACCCGGAGAAGGACAAGACCAACUUCACCGUCUACAUCACCUGCGGGGUGAUCGCCUUCGUCAUCGUGGCCGGCGUCUUCGCCAAGGUCUCCUAUGACAAGGCCCACCGCCCUCCGCGGGAGAUGAACAUCCACAGGGCUCUGGCUGACAUCUUAAGACAACAGGGACCAAUUCCCAUAGCACACUGUGAAAGAGAAACUAUCUCGGCUAUCGAUACCUCUCCCAAAGAGAACACGCCGGUCAGAUCGUCCUCCAAAAACCACUACACCCCUGUGCGUACGGCCAAGCAGACUCCAGGGCAUUAUGGGAAGGAUGCUUACCGAAGUGGAGGACCAGAUCUCCAUAACUUCAUCUCAUCUGGAUUUGUCACGUUAGGAAGAGGACACACGAAGGAGAAGCCACGGAUGAACAAUAUCCUGACAUCGGCCACAGAGCCCUACGACCUCUCCUUCUCCCGCUCAUUCCAGAACUUGGCCCACCUGCCCCCAUCCUACGAGUCUGCAGUGAAGACCAACCCCAGCAAGUACUCGUCUCUGAAGAGGCUAACCGACAAGGAGGCUGAUGAGUAUUACAUGAGAAGGCGCCACCUGCCUGACCUGGCUGCCCGCGGCACCCUGCCCCUCAACGUCAUCCAGAUGUCACAACAGAAGCCCUUGCCACGAGAACGACCCCGCAGGCCCAUCCGGGCCAUGUCCCAGGACAGGGUUCUGUCCCCAGAGCGCCGCCUGCCCGACGAGUUCAGCAUGCCCUACGACCGCAUUCUGUCUGAUGAGCAGCUGCUGUCCACGGAGCGCCUGCACUCCCAGGACCCGCUGCUGUCCCCCGAGCGGACGGCCUUCCCUGAGCAGUCGCUGUCGAGGGCCAUUUCGCACACGGACGUCUUUGUGUCCACGCCUGUGCUGGACCGCUACCGCAUGACCAAGAUGCACUCCCAUCCCAGUGCCUCCAAUAACUCCUACGCCACCCUGGGCCAGAGCCAGACAGCAGCCAAGCGCCACGCCUUUGCCUCACGCAGACACAACACGGUGGAGCAGCUGCACUACAUCCCGGGCCACCACACCUGCUACACAGCCAGCAAGACCGAAGUGACCGUGUGACCGGCAGGGCAGGGCUGGGCUGUUGGGCGGGGCGGGACAGGACAGGGGGCGGGAGGGGCCAGGAGCAGAGCUUCCAGCCUUGAAAUUCUCCCUUCCUUUGUCCCCUCCAUAGGAGAUGGGGGUGGGUGACCAUUGCCCAGAAAGCCAUACCCCCAGGGACACAGCCUUUAGGGCCCAGUCCAACACGCUCAGACCUGGGAUCUGGAGCGAGUGCCGUCACUCUUCCAGAAGAAAAAAGGGAGUGAGGAGAGGGGCUAGUCCCACUCUCACCCCCACCCCCUUCUCCA